AUGAGUCCAAACAUAGAUGUCAGUCAACUGCAGGUUUUCACUGGGAAUCAAGCGAAGAGAUCAAACAAUAUUGCUCCUAGUGGCACAAAAUUCGCUACUACAUCAUUCGACAAGACGACGCGGUUCUUUGACCUGACCACGUUCGAACCGAUCGGCGAACCACUCGACCACCCUCAUGUUGUCUGGGGUGUAGCUUUUUCCGAGGACAGCCAGCUCAUCGUGACUGGCUGUUGGGACAAUCUCUCCGCACUGAAAAAGACCAUCCCGGGCCCAAAGCCUCGACGAGAACGCGCGGGACUCUCACAGGGGUUCUUUGAUGAUUUUGAUGCGCGGUCCACACCUCGACGCAACAACCGCUCCGUUCCCACUGGCUCCCGCAUCCAGAAAACCAUGAACCGUCUCUUGUUUCGCUCCCCUGCUCCUCAGGACCAUAAUCCCCAUCCCCGCAGGAUCCCCGUUGUGGAUGUCUUCGCAACACGAGCGCACCGCCAAUGCACGAGCGGGAAAAGGCACUUGUUACAACCACCGCGUCUCCUCGCCGGGAAAGCCCAGACUUCUAACGCUGGUGCCCCAAACAGCAGCGUGCCACCAGCGGAGCUACCCUCAGCCGCCUUUCAGAUCGGAGGUGCCGGUGCUUCUGCUGCUACUAACAGACCCCCUUCCCUGGUUGAUGUCGAACGUGGUACAGAGAUCAGCUGCCUGGCGCUCCUCCUCAGGUACUUCUCUCGCUUCUCAGAAACCCGAAAACACAUCCUGCUGCUUCCCGCACCAGCUAGGCCUUCAUGUCCAUUCCGAGACUGAUUUCCUGGAAAUCGUUUCGCUUUAACCGCGUAUCAUCCCAUAUAUUCAGAGGUAGUAAAUUUUCGAUGUUGCACCAUUCUCCCGACACACCCUGUGACUAGUUUGCAUCCUAUGAUUGACACGUCUUAAUUUUCUCCGCCCGUCUUGUUUUUGGAGGUGGACCGUCCGUUCGCAACCUACAAUAUACGGGGCAUACUCGGUCGUGCUUGUCGACUCCACACCAUGCGGUGAGUCGGGUAUAUGAACUGUAACAUUAAUUUGUGUUGAGGACAUGGAAUGCGGGGAAUUGCGUGUCCUCGUAAGACUUAUUGAACAAACUUGUAUGGCGAGCAAUUUGCAGUGGUUCACUGAGCCCGGUAGACUAUGAGAUACUAGCACGAUAUAAUAGCAUUAGACACAAAUUACAUUAUAACACAAAAGAUAG